GUGGUCUUCGGUGGCUUCUCCGCCGAGUCUUUGGCGGGACGGCUAGUGGAUGCACAGUCGAGCGUGGUGAUCACCGCCGAUGGCGUCAUGCGGGGGGCCAAGCCCGUGCAGCUAAAGGCCAUCACGGACAAGGCCUGUGAGAUCACCGCCAAGGAAGGCUUCAAUGUGAAGCGGGUGGUCUGUGUAGCACGCCUCAAAGACACCCCACGAGCAUCGCAGGCACAGCACGGUUGGGUCGAAGGCCGGGAUGUUUGGUACUCGGACUUUGUCAACUCACAGCCGGAGGAGUGUGAGUGCGAAUGGAUGGACAGUGAGGCACCCCUCUUCAUGCUCUACACUUCGGGCAGUACUGGAAAGCCCAAGGGCGUCCUCCACACCACAGGGGGCUACAUGCUCGGAUCUUUUGCGACGACCAAGUAUACUUUCGACUACCACCCGGAGGAUGUGUACUUCUGCACCGCCGAUUGUGGCUGGAUCACAGGACACUCCUACGUGACCUACGGCCCCAUGCUGAACACCGCCACGCAGGUCGUCUUCGAAGGUGUCCCCACGCAUCCGGAGGUGGACCGCUUUUGGAAGGUCUGCGAGAAAUACAAGGUCAGCAUCUUCUACACGGCCCCUACCGCCAUCCGGGCGUUGAUGAAAUCUGGGGACGCGCCGGUUACUCGCAACGACCUCAGCAGCCUCCGGCUGCUGGGAUCCGUCGGUGAGCCGAUCAACCCAGAG